CAGGGAAAGUCACCAUGGUGCUCAGUAGUUUGGAUAAGAUGAUUCAACUCCAGAAAAAUACAGCAAACAUCAGGAAUAUCUGUGUUUUGGCUCAUGUUGACCAUGGAAAAACUACCUUGGCUGACUGUCUUAUAUCAAGCAAUGGAAUCAUCUCCAGUCGCCUGGCGGGCAAGUUAAGAUACAUGGACAGCAGAGAAGAUGAACAGAUCCGAGGAAUCACUAUGAAAUCCAGUGCCAUUUCUCUCCAUUACACAAAAGAUAAUGAGGAGUACCUGAUUAAUCUGAUAGACUCACCGGGACAUGUGGAUUUUUCCUCAGAAGUUUCCACAGCUGUCCGUAUAUGUGAUGGGUGCAUCAUUGUGGUAGAUGCUGUGGAAGGAGUCUGUCCACAGACACAGGCCGUUCUGCGACAGGCUUGGCUUGAAAACAUCCGUCCAGUUUUAGUGAUUAAUAAGCUGGACCGCUUGAUAGUGGAACUGAAAUUCACUCCACAAGAGGCCUAUUCUCAACUCAAGAAUAUUUUGGAACAGAUUAAUGCACUCACAGGAACUCUUUUUACUUCUAAAGUCCUAGAAGAAAGAGCAGAGAGAGAGACUGAGUCCCAGGUGAACCUCAGUUCGGAACAAGGGGAGCAACUGUAUGACUGGAGGACCGGCUUGGAGGACACCGAUGACUCCCACCUUUACUUCUCUCCCGAUCAGGGCAAUGUGGUGUUCACAAGUGCCAUAGAUGGGUGGGGCUUCGGAAUUGAGCACUUUGCCAAAAUCUACAGUCAGAAAAUUGGCAUCAAGAAGGAAGUUCUUUUGAAAACCUUGUGGGGAGAUUAUUACAUAAACAUGAAGGCAAAGAAGAUUAUGAAGGUGGAUCAGGCCAAAGGAAAGAAACCUUUAUUUGUACAGUUGAUCUUGGAAAAUAUAUGGAGUUUGUAUGAUGCUGUCUUGAAAAAGGACAGAGAAAAAAUUGAAAAAAUCAUAACUUCUUUAGGUUUGAAAAUUGGAGCCCGGGAGGCCCGGCAUUCAGAUCCCAAAGUUCAGAUCAAUGCCAUUUGCAGUCAGUGGCUUCCCAUAUCUCAGGCUGUUCUUGCUAUGGUGUGUCAGAAGCUUCCUAGUCCCCUCGAUAUUACAGCUGAGAGAGUGGAAAAACUGAUGUGCACAGGAUCACAAACGUUUGAUUCUCUUCCACCAGAAACACAGGCUCUGAAAGCAGCUUUUAUGAGAUGUGGAAGUGAAGACACUGCUCCUGUUAUUAUCUUUGUUUCCAAAAUGUUUGCAGUUGAUGCUAAGGGUUUGCCUCAGAAUAAGCCAAGGCCUCUCACUCAAGAAGAAAUUAUGCAGAGGCGUGAGCGCGCGAGGCAGAGGCACGCGGAGAAGCUGGCCAUGGCACAAAGCCAGGGCCCCCUGGAGCCCACCCAGGAUGGGAGCACCCUUGAAGCAAAUCCAGAAGGAGAGGAGCCGAGAGGUGAUGGGCAGCAGGUGGAGACUGUGACCCCUAAACCUGUAACUGAGGAAGGAAGUCAACAAGAGUCUUUUGUUGCGUUUGCUCGAGUGUUCAGUGGCGUGGCUCGAAAAGGAAAGAAAAUUUUUGUCUUGGGACCCAAGUACAGUCCUCUUGAGUUUUUGGAACGGGUACCGUUAGGCUUCUCCACUCCACCUGAUGCCCUUCCUCCAGUGCCCCAUCUGGCAUACUGUACUCUGGAAAAUUUAUAUCUUCUGAUGGGCAGAGAGCUGGAAAAUCUAGAAGAGGUGCCUCCAGGCAACGUACUAGGAAUAGGAGGCCUGCAAGACUUUGUGCUGAAAUCUGCCACCCUGUGCAGUUUGCCAUCCUGCCCGCCAUUCAUACCACUGAGUUUUGAAGCCACUCCUAUUGUAAGGGUUGCCGUGGAACCAAAACACCCAAGUGAAAUGCCCCAGCUUGUCAAAGGAAUGAAGCUGUUAAACCAGGCUGAUCCCUGUGUCCAGAUCUUAAUUCAGGAAACAGGAGAACACGUUCUAGUCACAGCAGGGGAAGUCCACCUUCAGAGAUGCCUGGAUGACUUGAAGGAAAGGUUUGCGAAGAUUCAAAUCAGUGUAUCUGAGCCCAUUAUUCCAUUCAGAGAAACGAUCACAAAGCCUCCAAAAGUUGACAUGGUCAAUGAAGAAAUAGGCAGACAGCAAAAAGUUGCCGUCAUACACCAAACAAAAGAGGAUCAGAGCAAACUCCCAGAAGGAAUCCAGGUUGACGCUGAUGGGCUGAUCACCAUGACGACACCUAAUAAACUCGCCACACUCAGUGUUCGCGCCAUGCCUCUGCCAGAAGAGGUCACUCAGAUUCUGGAAGACAAUAGUGAUUUGAUUCGUUCUAUGGAGCAGUUGACAUCCUCUUUGAAUGAAGGCAGAAAUGCUCAGGUAAUUCCCCAGAAGACCCAAGAGAAAAUUCAGGAAUUCAAAGGAAAACUAGAGCAACACCUAACAGGGAGAAAAUGGAGGAACAUUGUUGACCAGAUCUGGUCAUUUGGCCCAAGAAAAUGUGGGCCCAACAUACUAGUCAUCAGAAGUGAAGAUUUUCAGCAUCCAGUGUGGCCAGGCCCAGUCAACAAAGCUUCAAGAGAAGCUUCUAAGUACCGAGAUUUGAGCAACAGCAUAGUCAGUGGCUUCCAGCUCGCAACCCUCUCCGGCCCCAUGUGUGAGGAGCCUCUCAUGGGUGUCUGUUUUGUUCUGGAAAAAUGGGACUUAGCUAAAUUUGAAGAACAAGGAGCAAGUGAGAAGCAGGAUGAGCAAAAUGACCUGGUAAAAGAAGGACAGAGGGACUUUGCGCGUUAUAGUGGAGGUGAAGGCCAAGAGCUACACGAUGGCAGCUUUGAGCCUUUUGAGAAGAGAACUGCUCAGAAAGGAGAGGCUUCCCUCAGUGACUGCUAUGGACCCUUCUCAGGACAGCUGAUUGCCACCAUGAAAGAAGCCUGCCGCUACGCACUUCAGGUGAAACCUCAGCGCCUGAUGGCGGCCAUGUACACGUGUGACAUCAUGGCCACUGGUGAUGUUCUUGGUCGAGUCUAUGCUGUCUUGUCAAAGAGAGAAGGCCGAGUGCUUCAGGAAGAAAUGAAGGAAGGGACAGACAUGUUCAUCAUCAAAGCUGUGCUUCCCGUGGCUGAAAGCUUUGGCUUCGCUGAUGAAAUCAGGAAACGGACGAGUGGCCUGGCCAGCCCGCAGCUGGUAUUCAGCCAUUGGGAGGUUAUCCCCAGCGACCCGUUUUGGGUGCCGACCACGGAGGAGGAGUACUUGCACUUUGGGGAGAAGGCCGAUUCCGAGAACCAGGCGCGGAAGUACAUGAACGCUGUGCGGAAGCGGAAAGGCCUCUAUGUGGAGGAGAAGAUUGUGGAGCACGCGGAGAAGCAGAGAACACUCAGCAAGAAUAAGUAA